CGGCUUGAGUAGGAGCACUACACCCGUCUCUCACCGCUUUUGUUCUGCAUUUCCCUUCCAGUCAGUGCUGCUGAAAAGAGGGGAUAAAGCCACUUUGGAAAUCACAAGUAUCCCGGAAGGCACAUGCGAAGCACCGUCUGCACUGAGGAUACGCGGUGCUCCGUAGUUACAUAACAGGACUACUUUUUUUCUAUUAUUGUUGGGCUUUUUCACGCUUUUUUGUUGUUGUUGCUGCGCCGAAACGGACUGACUCCCCGUUCUAAACUCAAAAUGGAGAACGACGAUAAAUAUCUCCCCGAGCUGCUGGCGGAGAAGGACAGCCUCGACUCGUCGUUCACGCACGCCAUGAAACUUUUGAACGCAGAAAUCGAAAGAAUCCAGAAAGGGGAAACUAAAAAGGAGGCCGACGCAUACCUGGACCUUUUCACGACAAAGAACAUCAAACUCAAGGAACGAGUGCUCAUACCCGUCAAACAGUACCCGAAGUUCAAUUUCGUGGGGAAGAUUCUGGGACCACAGGGAAAUACAAUCAAACGUCUGCAGGAAGAGACAGGAGCCAAGAUCUCUGUGCUGGGCAAAGGAUCCAUGAGAGACAAAUCCAAGGAGGAGGGGCUGAGGAAAGGCGGCGAGCCCAAGUACGCCCACUUGUCUAUGGAGCUGCACGUGUUCAUCGAGGUGUUUGCCCCCGUGCCAGAGGCGUACCUGCGCAUGGCGCACGCCAUGGAGGAGGUCAAGAAGUUCCUGUUUCCCGAUAUGAUGGAUGAUAUCUGCCAAGAGCAGUUCCUGGAGAUGGGCUACCUGAAUGGAGGCCAGGAGCACGGAGCCAGAGGCCGAGGGGGCCCUCCGGUCAGGGGCCGCGGAGUCCCCCCUGGUGGAGCACACAGGGGCCGGGGAAUGCCCCCCCGCGGUGCUCCCGCCAGGGGAGGGGUGGCUCGAGGCGGCCCAGCCAGAGGUGGAGCAGUCAGGGGCGUCCCAGCAGGCCGAGGGGGUCCCCCAGCAGCACCCGCCAGGGGAGCCUCAGCACCCCGCGCCAGGCCCCUGGCUGCCGGACCCCCACAGAGGAUGGCGCAUCCACCCCCCCACCAGCACACCCCCGCUGCAGCUGAUGAAAGCUACGAGGAAUAUGGCUACGACGAGAGCUACACAGACACGGCCUACGAGUCAUACGACAGCUAUUACAGUCAGCCGCAGGCAGAGCCAGAAUACUACGACUACGGACACGGAGAGACCACAGAGUCAUACGAGUCAUAUGGCCAGGAUGACUGGAAUGGGACCCAGCGCAACGCGUCAGGGAAGGCCCCUCCCCCCUCCAGAGGUGCCAAGACGCCUUACCGGGAGCACCCGUACCGACAGUACUGAAGCAGACUCGCCGCCCCUAACGCGUCACCCUGACAACCGCCUGUCUACCACGGCAGCUCUCGCUUUAAGCAGCCCGACAAAAGUAAUUGUCUGUUUUGUCUUUGGUUUGGUCUUUUCCUACGCUGGACUUUAUACGACAGAGCAAAUUGGGAACUGAAAAUCGGAACUGGUUUUUGAGAUUUGACCGCGAAGUCCCCUCCCCCACCCCACCCCCACUUUGUCACACCAACCGACCAGCCACCAAUCCCUCCAACCAACCAACCAAAGCGGCUUUUAGAUGGGUUAGAGAGGAGACGUUGGUGUCCUUUUUUUGUUCUUUUUCAUUUGAAUUUCUAUUUAUUUUGCUGUACAGUUUUCUCUGACCCUUUUUACUCCCCUCUGGCUUUUUUUGCAUUGUUGAUCUUUUUUUAAACUGUUUGGGAGUAGUCAUUUCUAGUGGAUUUAGGGGUUCAUUAUCCACUUGUCUAAGGAGUCCAUUUUAAUUGUUUUUAAAUACAAAGAAUCUGUCGAGGGUCAGUUGCAGAUUCCCAUUUAGGCUACAUUUCAAAAUUCUGUAAAUAUAGCCAAAUAAAAGACCUUUUUUAAAAUUUCAAUUAUGUAAUAUAGAAACAAAAAACACAAUCCUAAAUUAAGUGAAGGUUAAAGAGUCAAUGUUAAUGGAAUCAGUACAAUUCAUUCUUGAUGAUGGUUUGUUUUUAAAUAGUUCUAAAACGUUGUCCAUUUAGACUUAGGCAAGCAAUAUUUGUCAUUGUACUUAGAGUUUUGAAAUAUAGCCCUAAUAGACACUGUUGAGAUGGACUGUCCUCAUAUCCUCAAUUUGUUACACAUGUUAAAAAUAAAUUUUCAGACUCUGAAGACAAAA